CAGAAACAUGCCUGAACCCGCCAAGUCCGCGCCCAAGAAGGGCUCCAAGAAAGCCGUGACCAAGACCGCCGGCAAAGGCGGCAAGAAGAAGAGAAAGACCAGGAAGGAGAGCUACGCCAUCUACGUGUACAAGGUGCUUAAGCAGGUGCACCCCGACACCGGUAUCUCCUCCAAGGCUAUGAGCAUCAUGAACUCUUUCGUCAACGACAUCUUUGAGCGCAUCGGCGGAGAGGCCUCCCGCCUGGCGCACUACAACAAGCGCUCCACCAUCACCUCCAGGGAGAUCCAGACCGCCGUGCGUCUCCUGCUGCCCGGAGAGCUGGCUAAGCACGCCGUGUCCGAGGGCACCAAGGCCGUCACCAAGUACACCAGCUCCAAGUAAACCGCUCCAUCGAACUCUACACCCCAACGGCUCUUUUAAGAGCCACCCACUUCACUAAAAGAGCUGCUGUGCAGUGUGGGCUAUCACUUUGCUCAUCAGUCUCCACGGAGACUGAUACAUUUGAUACUGUUAUAAAGUGUGCGGGAUCAAAUCGAGGUUAGUUAUGUCUACAGUAUUUAACUUCAAUCCAGGUUUAUUUGUGUAGUGGGGGUUGGCAUGACUGUUCGUAGACGAAGAUUCAUAGUAUGGCGUCGUGCGUAAUCACGCGCUUCCUUUCAGUCCUUGCUUUGAAAGCAUGAUACGUCUACUGUAUCGCGCAGUCACCAAACAAAACUCAUGUACGACCUUUUUAACUUGUUGCAUGACUAAAAUGAAAGCGCUUGUUUGCUGCUGCUAAUCUUGCAAUUUGCACAUUUAUUCCAUAGGCACCUUAUCACACGUACU